GCAACUUUCGCCGUGCUUUAUAACGAAGUCGACCUACUGUUCUUUCUUAUACUGUGCCUAAGUCCAUGCUCGGCACUCAAAACACAAGCGAUACUUGCUCGCUUGCAUGUAAAUUGAUGUAAAUCGUCUAAAAAUUUUAUUUAAGAAAACUGACAAAAUAAUCUUCAGUAGAAUACGGUGCAAUCAUUUUUAAUUAUUUUUUUUAUGAUGGAUGUGGAAGAACAGAACGCAAAUACUACCACGAAACAUGAUGGGCCUGAAACAAUAGAGCAAAAAAUAAUUACUCUUGCACGAGGGAGGCCUAAAGGUAUUUCAGACAAAGAUUUAGCUAUUGAGAUACCUGAUUUACAACCAGUUCAACGGGCUCAAAUAAUAAACAAGCUAUUAUCUCAAGGAUACUUUGACCUUUUUAAACAAGCAGGUUUAUUGUUUUAUCGCUUAAAAGAUCCAACAAAACUUGCUAAAUGUGCUGAUAAUGAAGAGAAAAUAGUAUAUAGAAUUAUUGAAGAAGCAGGAAAUAAGGGAAUAUGGACUCGGGAUAUAAGAUUUAAAUCUAAUUUGAUGCACACUCAAUUGCAAAAGAUUUUAAAAAGUUUAGAAACUAAAAAGUUUAUUAAAGUUGUUAAACCUGUAGCAGCGAGUAAGAAAAAAGUAUAUAUGCUAUAUAACUUGGAACCAGACGAGUCUGUAACAGGCGGUGCUUGGUAUCAAGACCAAGAUUUUGAAACAGAAUUUGUCGAUGUGCUAAAUCAGCAAUGUUAUCGAUUUUUGGAGCAAAAAAAGGAAAGGGUGAAAAACUGUAAUGCUGGACCUAUUGCUGCAAGAAAUAUGACAUUUGCUUCUUCUAAGGAAGUGUGGAAAUUUAUUUCGGAUUUAGGAAUAAGCAAAGUGAAAUUAUCUAUAACUAACAUGGAAAUGAUUUUAAAUACAUUAGUUUAUGAUGGUAAGGUUGAACGGACACUUGCAGGAGAUGGAAGUAAUUUAUAUAAAGCAAUUCAGCCUUUACUAAAUUCACCUGGAUUAAUUAGAACUCCUUGUGGCCUAUGUCCAGUCAAAAGACAAUGUCAUGACGAAGGUUCCAUUACACCUAUCAAAUGCCAAUAUAUUAAAGAAUGGCUUGAAUAAAUAUUUCCAAAUUCAGGUCAUCAAUACUUUGGAAAUAUUUAUUCACGUUCUUUAAUAUAUUGACAACGAAUCAAUAUAUACAUGUAUUUUAUUUAAUUUUUAUUGCAUUUAACUAUUCUUUAUUGUAAAAAUUGAUAAUAGAUAAAUAUUCACAGAUUUAAUAAUA